UGGAUUACAUGGACGCAGAAGAUGGAGACAGGAGGAGUAACAGGUGUGCGUGCAUAUGGGAUUUAAGAAGCUUGUGAACUUCCCCAAACCUAAAAAAAAGUGCACCAGAUAAGCUGUUACGCAUGGAGCUCAGGAUGUUCUCCGGCCAGGCGGCGCUCAAUUUCAGCUUCAACCUGAGCGGCGAGCUGGAGCUGCUGCUGGAGGAGGAGGACGCGGACGAGGCUCGCCUGUCGCCCACCGGCUUCGUCGUGCUCUCCGUGGUGCUGGGCUUCAUCAUGACCUUUGGCUUCCUCAACAACCUGGUGGUGCUGCUGCUCUUCUGCAGGUUCAAGAAGCUGCGCACGCCCGUCAACAUGCUGCUGCUCAACAUCAGCGUCAGCGACAUGCUGGUGUGCGUCUUCGGCACCACGCUCAGCUUCGCCUCCAGCAUCCGGGGACGCUGGCUGCUCGGCCGCAGCGGCUGCAACUGGUACGGCUUCAUCAACUCCUGCUUCGGUAUCGUGUCGCUGAUCUCCCUGGUCAUCCUCUCCUACGACCGCUACAGCACCCUGACCGUGUACAACAAGCAAGGGCCAAACUACCGGAAGCCCCUGUUGGCCGUGGGCGGCUCGUGGCUCUACUCGCUGGUCUGGACGGUUCCUCCGCUCCUGGGCUGGAGCAGCUACAAACAGGAAGGGGCGGGGACAAGCUGCUCGGUGUCGUGGACGGCCCAGACCGCCCAGUCUCACGCCUACAUCAUCUGUCUCUUCAUUUUCUGCCUGGCUCUGCCCGUGCUGGUCAUGAUCUACUGCUACGGCAGGCUGCUCUGGGCGGUCAAACAGGUGGGUAAGAUCCGCAAGACAGCGGCGCGGCGGCGAGAGUACCACAUACUGUUCAUGGUGCUGACCACGGCCGCCUGCUACCUGCUGUGCUGGAUGCCGUACGGCGUGGUGGCCAUGAUGGCCACGUUCGGGCCGCCCGACAUCAUCAGUCCCGUGGCCAGCGUGGUGCCGUCUCUCCUGGCCAAGAGCAGCACCGUCAUCAACCCGCUCAUCUACAUCCUCAUGAACAAACAGUUCUACAAGUGUUUCCUCAUCCUCUUCCACUGCGACCACUGGUCGGAGAAGAACGGCAACACCUCCAUGCCCUCCAAGACCACCGUCAUCCAGCUCAACCACAGGGUGUCCAGCAACACGGUGGCCUGCGCCGCCCAGAUCUCCGCCGUGGCCAUUAAACCGUGCUGCAUGCCGGCCGACAAGCUAACCACGCCGCCCGAGGUGGUGACCUAAAAAACUGGGGAAACCUCAUCACGGACGGAUUUGUGUCCAUGGGUUUCACAUGUGAGCUUUUGUCUUUGUACUUUGUCUUUACUUGUGCUCCAUGUGCUUGAAUACAUAAACAAAGAAAAGAAAUGCUUAAUAUUCACAAUAGGGUCUGAUGUUUGUGGACAAUGGCGAGGAGGUACCGUGCAGUGAACAGGGGGCCGUUAAGUCCCAUAAAUUGCAUAAGGACAAUGUCAAAAGUCCUUUCAGUUUUCAAUAAAUUCACCUAAACGUCACCAGUUAUUGAGUAUGUUUAGCCGAUUGAAGAGCUACUGUAGCUUCCACAGCUGGUGGGUCCAUGACGAUGACUUCUGUUUUGUUUGAUCAACCGUUUUACUGCCGUGUUACAGGCACUGUUUGGAAACAAUUAGGAUAUGUGAAUAAACACGAGUACUACACAAGCAGUGAUGAAAGAUGAAUAUUUCCAUACACAACUAUCCAUGGUCUGAUCACCUGCCGACUACACACGUUUUUGGCCAAGAUCAAACCCGGUUCACCAGACAACACUCAAAACCAGUAGAGGGCAGCAUAAUGAGUUACCAAUCAUCAUUUGUUUUUAAUAAUUAAGUAAAUAUUUUUUUCAAACAAUAACGCAAUUGUUUUGUGACAAUAUUGACGAAUACCAUUUUUUGUGUUUUUUAUUUGAUCAUUUAUUUACAGUUUUAUGUUGUCAAACACAUUUUAAUACAUUUGAAUUUGAUCUAAUAAAUAUAAAUACUGUAUAUUGACUAUACAUUUUUUUUGCGUUUAAUUGACAAAAUGUUUGACUAAAAUAUGUCCUAUAUACCACUUAAGCCAACAUUAUUUAAAUGCUCUGUUAAAUACUAUACAAUGUGGUAAGUACAUUUGUAAUCGAACAAUGUCAUGUGUUGAUUUCAAAUGUUAGAACUAUUUAAAACUAAUGUUCGACAAAACACGGUUUGAUAUAAUAUAUUAAGAAAUAAACAUUCAUGCAAAUUUUAAAUUGACUACAAUGACCUUUUUGUGGUUAAUUGACAAAAUGUUGUUUGACUUAAAAUAGGAUAUGAAUAAUAUAUAAAUGCUUAAUUUAUUAUGAUAAUAAUUACCAUUUAAAAAUACUCUACAAAAUACUGUUUAAUGUGGUGUGUACAUUUAUAAUAGAAAACUAUAUAUUAAUCAAAUCAAAUAAUUGAUCUAAAACUAAAUUUAUUGUGUUUAGCUGGAAAAAAAAAGUGUUUUGACCUAAUAUAAUCAUUAUUUAAAAUAAUGGUUAUUAAUAAACAAAUUGAUUUGAAAUGACCAAACAAUAACAUUUUAUUAUUAAAUAACGACUUGAUCUCAAAAUCACCGUAUAUUACGAGCUAGGGAGCGCACCAGUAUUUAAGCCGCACUCACCUAAUUUUAUUAGAAAAAAUAUUUUUACAUAUAUUAGUCGCACCAGGCUUUUAAGCCAGAUAUAUGUUUAUUCACAUAUCUUAAUUGUUUCCGAACAGGCAGUAAAACAGUUAAUCAAACAAAACAGAAGUCAUCGUCAUGGACCCACUAGCUGUGGAAGCUCUUUAAUCAGCUAAACAGACUCAAUAACCGGUGACGUUUUGGUGAAUUUAUUACAAAAUUAAACAAUAAAAAAAAAAUUCCACUGUAUGUUAAUAACACUAACAGACAUGUUAGCAUAUUUGCUAAUGUUAACUAGAUUGAUUAUAUUACGAUAGCAUGUACAAUUUAUGAAAACACUCCUACAUGGAUGGUUUAAAAGUAUAAAUUGUUUUAAUUAUAUUGUAAAACUUACAACUGUUGCUUGAAUUAAAGAAUGAAGAAUCCUUUCGAGCAAAAACGCUAUGGACAGUUAUAUUUCCGGCGCAAAACAGGAAGUACAUUGUCAACCCGCAGCACCUGCAGUGAGCAAACUAGUCUAAAAGAUGGCGCUAUAGCACACGCAAUAACACAUCUUUUUCAGUCUCUCUGUCGACGUAAUGUGAAAACUAUUUGUUGAAUACAAAACAUUAUUGCCGUUAGCGAAGAAAACCCAGGAAUUAGCUGCUCCAUUUCAUAAGCCGCAGGAUUCAAAGCGUUGGAAACAAUUUGAGGCUUAUGGUCCGGAAAAUACAGUAUAUAGAUUUUUUUUGCAAACCAUAUAUAUUCUAGAUGAAUUACAAAUAUUAAGCUGAUGUCCCAAUUACUUGUUGUGUGUUUCACUGACAAAAACAUGUAUUUUGUUUUCCAAUGUAAACAUUUCCUUCAUUCAAUAGGGAUAAUCCAAGUAGAGUACAUAGCUAUGUCUCUCCCAACUGGUCUGGAGUGUACUCCCAUGCUUGCUUGAUAAAUUAGAGAGCGAGUGGAAAGACAAUUUAGCUUCCAUCGGAGUGUUUGCUAACAUGCGUGGCAACCUUCAGAAAAAAGAGAAAGGCGGACUUGACUUGAAAACAAGGCCAUGCACAACUCAUGAAAGGUAAACCCAGGUCAAACCGAAGCCAUCGAUCUGACUCAGCGUUCUGUUUGAUGCCUUACACUUUGCUUUGCUCCAACAAUUCACAAAAGCGCAGCACAAAGUAUUGCUUUUGACCUCAACCUCAACAAACACCCUGAGGCAUUUGCUGCCAUCUGAAAGUCACAUACUCACUUGUGAACAUCUUUUGUCCCUUUGAAAGCACAUUCAAGACAACAGUUGGGAUUCAAACAACUCUCAUAUUAGCUUCUUCUCCCACAGUCGGCACA